CCAUCCCAAUCUCUUUCUCUACCUCAUCGUCAUCACCAGGCCCCUCCGGCCAUGGAUCUUACCCAGCUCAUAGUCCAGUUUCAGAGAAUGAAUGCACCGACUUUCGCGGGGACUGAGAACCCCACAAUAGUACUGGAGUGGAUCAAGGAGCUGGAUAAGAUUUUCGCUGUGCUCCCCCUCCCGGACCGACAACGAGUAUUUCUUGCAGCUUAUCAGAUGAAGGAGGACGCCUCUGACUGGUGGAUUGACCACUGGGCCCGGAGGCCAGAGGCGGAGCUUCUUGCUCUCACUUGGGAGCAGAUGAAGAUGAUGGUGCGUGGAAAGUUCCUUCCCCAGAGCUUUUGGGAUAGGAUGGAGUAUGAGUUCUACCAUUUGCAGCAGGGCAGCUCCACUGUGGACGAGUAUAUUCGCACUUUCACCCGAAUGUACCUUUUUGCGGGUGACUCGGUGAAUACUGAUGCCAAGAAGGCCCGCAAGUUUCUCAAGGGGCUUAAUCAGAGGAUCCGUGAACUGGUGGAGAGUCACGGACUGAUGUCUUUCACCAACACUGUGAGUCGGGCUCAGGAGGUGGAGAGCUAUCUCAUCCCGAUAGCUCCGGUCCCUUCAUAUUAUCAUGCCUCCCAGCCUUCUCAGACCGCUGUUCAGCACUCUCAGCCCAUCUCACCAGUGCCGGCCGACUCUAGAAGGCAAAUUCCCACCGAGAUAACUGGAAAGAAAAGCGAGGAGGUCCAAACCGGCGCUCCCUCUUCUGGAAACCGAACCUGCAAGAAAUGUGGCAAGUACCAUAGUGGUGAGUGCUUAGCCGACCAACGAACCUGUUUCAACUGCAACCGAUCGGGUCACUAUGCCAGU